AUGAUGGUAUGNGAAGAAGAAGAUAUUUCAAAAGAAUUUUUAACAUCUUUGUUAUUACUUUUAGGAGUUCUAAGUUUUAUUUUAAUAGAAAAAGCUUUUGUUUUUUUAUAGUCAUAAGUUAUGAAUUAAAACAAAGUUUAACCUGAAGUUUAAAAUUUUGAUCUUGCCUAACAAGAAACUAAUUCAGAAAAUAAAAAUUUAGGUGAUUCUCCUGAUAUACUUGAUAAAGUAGUCAGAAUUCAAGAAUAGCAUUAUACUAAAAUAUCUCAACUUUCAAUUUCAGAAUAAUUAUUUACUUUUGAUAGUUGGAAAUAUAAACCAACAUUAGGGUAUUUAAACUUGAUUUCAGAUUUUUUGCAUAAUAUUAUGGAUGGCUUAGCAUUAGGAAUCAUAUUUGCAACUGCAAAUGAUGAUAAUUUUAGCAGUACUAUAGCAACACUGGUUGCAAUUAUAAUUCAUGAAUUAGCAUAAGAAAUAGGUGAUACAAGUAUAUUACUUGAAAAUAAGUUUACAAAUUCACAAGCUCUAUUUUCAAAUGGAAUCAUUAAUUUAAGUGCUUUAAUUGGUGCUUUCAUAGGAUUAGGAAUAUCAUCAAUAGAGAAUGAAGCAUAUGUUUUAUCUUUUGUUGCAGGUAAUUUCAUUUACAUAAGUUGUGUUGAUAUGUUACCUACUAUUUUAAAAGAAGAAAAUGGUAAAAUAGCCUUUCUCUAAUUAAUUUCUUUUUCUGCUGCUGUAGCCAUAAUGUAUGGAAUUGCUUAUUAUGAGCAUUCUCAAGAAUGA